AUGAGUAAUCAAACUCAAGAUACAAAAGAUAUUCAAACCAAGCCCACCUAUCAAGAAGUUGAGCAAGCUUUAAUUAAUGUAGUUAAAGCAGGCAUCUAUUAUAAAAAGCCAAAAGAAGCAGAAGACCUAGAAGAAUAUAUAUUAAAGUUAGCUAAAACAAUAUUUCUCAAUGAAGAAAAAUAUCAUAAAAUCAAAGAUGACUAUAAAGAAUUUUAUGGAUGA